GUCCGUAUUUGCUUUGCAUGCAAGGCGGGGUGAUUGUGCGGUAAAGCUGGAAGUCAGAGCUUCAGGACGGACAGACAAAACAUUAUCGAUUAAACAGGUCGGAGGUACAACUGUUGCUGGUCAACACCCAGAGAGUCAAAAUUCUGCUAACCAAAGCUUUUGCAAAGGAGUAACAAAAUGAACGAGUGCCAUCCAAUAAUUGAGGGAUUCUUCCUGGAGGUUUCUCUUUGCCUUUUCGAUAGAGCAAGCAAGAUGUAUAAGUUUUUUUAUGCCUGAUUCCGUAAUUUAUAAUUUAUCAUGUACUGACAGUGAAGUCCACAUGGCUCCAAAGUUUCUAGGAUCCAGUUCAAAGUUCAAACCUCACAUGCUCCAGCAAAAUACAAAUAACAACUUUGAAACAUACUCUUCUCUCCCAAGCACAGCUGUGGGUGAAGCCAUGGCAGUUGCUUUAGCAAUUACAGAUGAAGGUGGGCAAUACAAUGGUAGGAUGACCUUGUUCGUUGUGCUGUCAUGUAUGAUGGCCGCCAUGGGAGGAGUCAUCUUUGGCUAUGAUAUUGGAAUUUCAGGUGGAGUGACAUCUAUGGAGCCCUUUCUCAAGAAGUUCUUCCCGGACGUAUAUAGAAAGAUGAAGGAAGACGCCAAAAUCAGCAACUAUUGCAAAUUUGAUAGCCAACUGUUAACCUCAUUUACCUCUUCACUAUACGUAGCUGGACUUUUCGCUACUUUCUUAGCCUCAUCAGUUACAAAAGCUUUUGGUCGCAAGCCAUCAAUCCUGGCAGGAGGUGCUGCAUUCCUUGCUGGUUCAGCCCUUGGUGGUGCAGCUCUCAACGUUUACAUGCUCAUAUUUGGUCGUAUCUUGCUUGGGAUCGGGGUUGGAUUUGCAAACCAGUCAGUCCCUCUGUAUCUCUCCGAAAUGGCACCACCUAGGUACAGGGGAGCAAUCAACAAUGGCUUCCAGUUCAGUAUUGGCAUAGGAGCACUGGUUGCCAACCUUAUUAAUUUUGGCACCGAAAAGAUCGAAGGUGGUUGGGGCUGGCGUAUUUCCUUAGCUAUGGCAGCAGUUCCAGCCUCAAUCCUAACACUAGGCGCAAUUUUCCUUCCGGAAACACCCAACAGUCUAAUCCAGAAUAGCAGUGAUCAUGACAAGGCUAAAACUUUGCUGCAGCGAAUACGAGGCACCAGCGAUGUCCAAGCAGAACUCGAUGAUCUCAUCAAAGCAAGCUUAGUCGCUAAAAGCAUCAACCAUCCAAUCAAGAAAAUCAUACAAAGAAAGUAUAGGCCUCAACUAGUAAUGGCAAUAGCCAUACCCUUUUUCCAACAAGUGACAGGCAUCAAUGUCAUUGCAUUUUAUGCUCCAAUUCUAUUCAGGACAAUCGGAAUAGGUGAAAGCGCUUCCCUCUUGUCCUCUGUGGUAACCGGGGUUGUGGGAGCAGGUUCUACAUUCAUAUCAAUGCUUAUAGUAGAUAAAUUCGGGCGAAGAGCUUUGUUCAUGGUUGGUGGAAUCCAAAUGUUUGUGUCACAGAUGCUUGUUGGGGGAAUCAUGGCAGCUCAGCUAGGGGAUCAUGGCACUGUGAGCAAAGGGUAUGCUUAUUUAGUUAUAUUCUUGAUAUGUAUAUAUGUUGCUGGGUUUGGAUGGUCUUGGGGUCCAUUGGGAUGGUUGGUUCCAAGUGAAAUCUAUCAGCUAGAGAUUCGAUCAGCCGGGCAAAGUAUUACGGUGGCAGUAAGCUUUGUGUUCACUUUCGUUGUUGCACAAACUUUCCUAAGCAUGCUUUGCCACUUCAAGGCAGGGAUUUUCUUCUUUUUUGGCGGAUGGGUGGUGGUGAUGACUGCAUUUGUGUACUUUUUGUUGCCAGAGACUAAGAAUGUGCCAAUUGAACAGAUGGAAAAAGUGUGGAAGGAGCAUUGGUUUUGGAAAAGAAUUUUGGGGGAAGAGGAUGAUGAGAUUAAGAUUCAUCAUUGAAUUUAACGAGUUUUCGAUCUAAUUGUCUCGCAAGAAGAACAUAGAAAACAAGUUUGACUAGCAAACUAUAGUUCUUUAGACAACUUUUAAAUUUGUAAUUCAAAUCUUAGAAGCAAGAAUCUCAAUUUCUCAGUUCUAUAAUUUAGGAUCCCACAACUUUAAUGUUUAUUAGAAAAGUCACUGUGCAUGUAAUUGCCCCGGUCCAUAGCCAAUUGUAGCGGUCAAUUCCUCUCCGACACACUCUCUCUCCCCCCUCUCUCGAAAUCUGAGCCAUGGUUUUUGGCGCGGGGUUUUUAGGGUUUAAAUAGUGCAAAAACUUGAGGGACAUUUUAGAGACAAUUUUGCAGAGGAAGAAUAGCCAGCCAUGGCAGCCGCCUCUGAUAGUGAUAAUCCACAAUUGGAAUUACAUUUAGUAUAAACGGGAAACAAACUCAUGCACCCUCCUUCUUUAUCUGCCGAUCACCUCCUCCCUCUGCUCCACUGUUUCCCUGCACAAAUAAGCAAGUUGAGAAUUGUCUUUCGACGGUGGAGCAAUUGCCGAGCAAAUCAAUGCAAAAUGCCCUUUCCGUAUUAAUGAAGGCAUUGGCUGCAAACCCCCUUUUCAGGAAUUCAAAUGAGGAUGUCAAAGUUGCAGGUUCUUUUCGCAUCACCGAAUUAACCCGAAUAACUGCAACAGGUGCUCCUUGUGACGAUAAUCAAAUGAAGGUGCCUUAAUUCCAUGAAUUCGUUUUCGAUGCUUUGCCAAAUUUCAGUCGGCCAUUUGUAAUCCAUGUUCUCUUUACAUGAUGUGUGUGUUCAUAUUAAUGUGUGUUUAGGAGGUAUUGAAACUGAUUGUAUCAUCAUUGAAAUAUUUGUUUGACAAGUCCAGCCGCUCAUACAUUAAGAGGACCUCGAGUCUUGAAAUUCUUGCCAGGGUCAGGUUAUGUUCAGUGAUGCUGGAUCUUGAUUGUGAUGCAGUCAUCAUUGAAAUGUUCCACAAUUUCUAUAAAGCAGUGAGGGAUUAUCACCUGGAGAAUGUCUUUUCAUGCAUGGAGAUGAUUAUGAUCCAUGUCCUGAAAGAAAGUGAAAACAUCUCUAUGGAGUUACUCUUCCCAAUCUUACUUGUUAUAGUAAUAUGAUUGCUCCUACAUGCCAAGAGGCAUCUGGAGCUGUUGAGCAGAAUGAUGCCACUACUAAUGACCAUAAAGAGGAUAAAGGAAUUCCUAAAGAAGCAGGUUCCACUAAACAAGUUAAUCUUGCAAAUGAUAAAUGUCCGAAGUUGGUUAUUAGUUGUGUUGUUAUUCAGAUCAGGAAUGAUGACUCAUUGGCAGAUUUAAACUGCCCUUAAGGAAGAAAGAGCUGAUAAGCCCAAAAAUGUUGAUACAAUUGUUGUUGAACCAGAUGAUUUGGGAACUGAGAAGGUGGUCAAUUUUGAAUGUAAGUUAGAUACUAAGAACAGAUUGACAAACCUAAUUUGCUAUCUACAGAACCUUUGAAAAAUUUGUAUAUUAAUGAGAAGGAAUUUGAGAAUGUGCCAGACCAUGAUAAGAGCAAGGAUCUCCCUGGUUUGUCACUUGAGCACCUGUCCAUUGAUGGGACUGCAUCCUUGCAGAAUAAAAAAGAGACAGGUAUUUAACCUUCUAAUUUGGAAUCUACAAAACCUUCUGAAAUUUUGUAUAUUUGUCAGAAGGAAGUUGAGACGCUGCCAGACCGUAACAAGGACAGCAAGGAUUGCCCUGGUGCAUCACAUGAGGACCUUCCCAUUUAUGCGGCUGUGCCCUUUCAAAAUAAGAAAGAGAUAGGUAUUGGACUGUCUUUGGAAUCUACAGAACCUUCUGAAAAUUUGUAUGUUUAUGAGAAGGAAGUUGAGACCAUGUCAGACCAUAAGAAGGACAGCAGGGAUGCCCCUGGUUCAUUGCAUGAGGACCUGUCCAAUGAUGGGGCUGUAUACUUGCAAAAUCAUAAAGAGACAAUAUUUUGACCUUCCUCACGUAAAGCAAAGGAGGAUGAACUGACUGACUUCCUCAAUACCUAGAGGGAGUGUCGCUGAUGCUCAGCCCCAGAGGGAGGACAGCAUGAUUAAGGAGAUCAUUCCUGUAGUUGAUGAUGCCUUCAGAAAGGCAUCUGAAGGAACAAGUGAUUCAGAAGCAAAACAAAAUAAAUGCUUGUGGGGAAAAGAUGACUGCUCUGAUUUCAAAGGAGGAUACAACUCAGGCAGAAGUAGUUGAAACUGGGAAAGAAAAUGGCACUGCAACUGCCUCAAAGGCAAGAUCGCUAAAGCUGUCAUUACGGACGUUAAAUGCCAGCAGUAAAAAUGGUGAUUGGUUGUCUUCAAAGAAGCUGGAACUGAAGAAAAUGGUAGCUCAGGAAAAUGUAUUUCUGAGAAGGAUGGAACAAAAUCUUCAACCAGAAAUGACGGCAAUGCACUUUGCCAUUUAGCUGUUUAGUUGAUGUUCUUGAUUGUUGAUUAUGUUUUUCUAGAUUGUUUAAUUAAAGGAAUCGUAUUGAUGUUAUUUAUGAAUUAUUAUGAGCAUUUUAUUUAGUUC